AUGGCAUAUGCGGAUAGAGCAACUAUGCUUAAGGCUGUCGAUGAGAUACGCCAAUUACUCGGUGAAGAUAUCGUGAGCGUAGACUCGGAUGACCUCGAUGAGCAUGGCUACUCAGAGUGGUCUACGUCAAAUACUAACGUACGACCAGUGGCAAUUGCCCGACCAAAGACGACAGAAGAGGUCUCGAGCAUUGCGCGUAUUUGCACCAAGUAUAAGGUACCCAUGACUCCAUACGGUGCUGGAUCCAGCGUUGAAGGCAAUUUUAGUUCACCGUAUUCUGGAGUAUGUCUUGAUCUAUGUGGCAUGGAUAAAAUCGUGGCAUUUCACCCCGAAGAUAUGGAUAUCGUGGUCCAGGCUGGGGUCAAUUGGACGAAUAUGAACGAAGAGAUCAAGGAUACCGGGCUCUUCUUGCCGCUUGAUCCGAGCCCUACUGCAUUGAUUGGAGGCAUGAUAGCUACGAACUGCAGUGGUACCAAUGCCAUGAGAUAUGGAACCAUGAAGGAUUAUGUUAUUAAUCUCACAGUAGUGCUCUCAGAUGGAUCUGUUAUCAAAACCCGUCAUCGACCUCGUAAAACAUCAGCCGGAUAUAACCUCACAGGCCUUUUUACUGGGUCUGAGGGGACGUUGGGUAUAAUCACUGAAGCGACGUUAAAGCUGGCCAUAAUUCCGGAGAACUUCUCUGUUGCAACAGCCACUUUCUCAACCGUCAAGGAGGCGGCAGAUGCGGCCUUCAAGAUGAUGCGACGGGGAAUACCCCUCGCCGCCCUGGAGAUGAUGGAUGAUGUUCAGAUGAGGGUCAUUAACCAGAGCGGCGGGGCAGGUGGAAGAGUAUGGGAUGAACAUCCUACACUUUUCCUUAAAUUUUCAGGCUCUCAGAAUGCAGUUCAAGACAGUAUCAGGCUGGCCAAAGAGAUCGCCAAGUCCAACAGCUGCGGUUCUUUCGAAUUUGCCAAGACGGAGGAUGAGAUUCAAUCCCUUUGGUCUGCCAGAAAACAAGCUUUGUGGGCGAGCCUCGCCGUUCGACCUGAGGGUACUCAGAUCUGGUCUACAGAUGUUGCUGUACCUCUGUCUCGAAUGGCCGAACUAAUCGGUGAGCAGCAUGAACCCCUCCAACAUUGGCUUGUGCUAACAAGAUAUCGACAGAAAUAUCGAAGCAACAGGCCAGUCAACUAG